AAAAUUUUCGAAUUCCCGGCAUUUUCUUCAAUAAUGGAACUCUGUUCCGAUUCUCAAUUCUCUGGCCACAGCCAAUCUGAAGUUCGGUUCAUCCGAGGAAUGGAUUCGGUGGUGGCGACGGUCAGUGGUUACAACGGCUCGGAGCGGUUCAACCUCAUCAAGCUGAUCUCUGAAACUGGUGCUAGUUAUGUUGGUGCCAUGUCAAGAUCAACCACGCAUUUGGUGUGCUGGAAAUUUGAAGGAAAGAAAUUCGAUCUUGCGAAGAAGUUUAAAACGAUAAUAGUUAAUCAUCGUUGGGUUGAAGAUUGUAUAAAGCAAAGAAAACGUGUCCCUGAAGCUCCUUAUAUGUUGCAAUGUGGACGAGAGCUAGGGCCUUUGUCGUUGGAAUUACCAAUUGUAAUUAAGAAGCAUUCAGUAUUUUCUGACAAAUCCUACCAUAGACUGGGAGACUAUGAAAAAGAAGAUGUUAUGGAUUCCGAAGGUGCUGACCUGGCUGCUUGGACUGAUUCUUUUUUGUUGGAUGAGAACUUUUUACUGAAGUUUGAAAAAAGAAACGAUAACUCUCAGAAAUCAAAGGCAAAACCAUUAAAAAGAACUUCAAGGAAGGAAAAGCAGUCAAGUGUCAGAUAUUGUUUUCAAGAGCCUCCUUUAUCAGGAUCGGUUAGUAUGGAGUAUGGAGAGUCAAGUUCUGAUUCUUCAAUGCAUUCUACGAGGGGGAAAAGGAAGAUUUCAAAGCAUCAUGAGCCAAGUACUUCCUGUUUGCGUUCAGAAAGAGAGAAAAGGAAGAUAUCCAUGGACAUCAGCACCACUUUGGCUAAACCUUCUGGUAAAGGACGGAGACUUCUAAAGAAGAAUAUUGGUGGGAAUUUUUUGGAGUCUACACUUUCAGAUUCUGAUCUAGAAGGGAAUCUAAUAAUCAGAACUGGAGGAACAUCUAAUGAUAGGUUCCAUCAGCUUGGUGAAAUAGAUGAAGGUUUUCAAGAUUCUCAGGACAUACUGGAGAGAAAUCAUUCACAUGGUCUGGACAGAAUUUUAAGCAAUGGGUGCUCUGAUUUUGAAAACUUAAAUGGACAUGUCAAAGAUGCCGAUCAGACUGAACACGUUAAUAGAUUGCCUACUUCAAUGGAAUUAUCAUGUGUUAUAUGUUGGACAGAAUUUAGUUCAACCAGAGGAAUUCUGCCUUGUGGACAUCGAUUUUGUUAUUCAUGUAUCCAAAACUGGGCCGAUCAUAUGGCUUCAAUGAGAAAAAUUUCAACUUGUCCUUUGUGCAAGGCCAGUUUUGUGAGCAUCACAAAGGUGGAGGAUGCAGACACUUGUGAUCAGAAAAUUUAUUCCCAAACAGUUCCAUGUGCACAGCCUAGGAUGGAUAUCUUCUUUGUCACAGAUCAAGAUAGAACCAGUAUUGGUGCUCAGCAGCCCUCUUUACUUCCAUCAUGUAGUGAAUGCCGUUCACGGGAACCAGAGGAGCUUCUCGUCAGAUGCCAUCUAUGCCAAAUUCGUUGCAUUCAUUCUUACUGUCUGGAUCCCCCUUUGUUUCCAUGGACCUGCAUUCAUUGCAAGGAUCUCCAGAUGCUUUACCAUCACAGCUACUAAUAACUUUUCACUCAAGGCUUGCUGAAGCUUUGGAUUUAUUGAAGACGACGGAAAUUUGGGCGUUUCUCUCCAAACGGCCCAUAUGGUAAAAGCAGUCUUUUGCGCCUCAAAUGGUAAAAACAGUUCAAUUUCUUUUCAUAUUAGAUCAUACUUGUUUAAAUUGUGUCCCAUCAUUUAAAAUAGUAGAAUCAGUAUAAAACAACCAGUGUAUGCUCUGAUAUAAUAUUUGAAACUGAGAUAAAGCAAAUCUAGGCCGCCCCAUCAAAUAUACAAAUAAACCACUAUCACCAAGGACAGAAACUCUUUAGUUCUCUUGAAUCUCUUCAUCAAACCAAAUGUGUAAAACCCAUAUAAUUUAAAGCUUCUGCUGACUGUAGAACAAGUAAUCCAAGUCUAAUCCAUCUUUGUGCUUGACGUGUUU